CCUACAAAGAGACAGCCCCCCUUCAGAACAUUCAGUCACACACAGCAUCAACACGAGAGAAACAAAGAAGAAAGGACAGGAAAAUGUCAAGCCGUCAGAUUUUCUGCUCAGAUCUGGCUUUGAAUACAGAGAGGGACCAACAGAAAACAUAUAAAGAGAGAAGAGGGACAGAGAACUUCAUGGACUCUGUCUGCAGUAUGGACCAACCAGCAAUGAAGGUCUUCCACUUUAAAGACCAGGAGCAGUCGUCCAGCCUACUGCUGCAGCUGAACAGACUCAGGCAGGAGAACAUCCUGACUGACGUGUGGCUGUGUUCAGAUCACACCGAGAUCCCCUGUCAUCGCAACGUCUUGGUCUCCAGCAGCCCCUACUUCAGAGCCAUGUUCUGCAACAACUUCUUAGAGAGACAGCAGACAAAGAUCAACAUAAAGGGCAUCACAUCAAACAUUCUGAGCAGCAUCAUUGACUAUGUUUACACAGGACUCAUUAGCAUUAGCUUUGAGAUUGUUCUGCCUUUGAUGCAGGCGGCAUCCAUGUUGCAAUAUGGCCGACUCUUUGAGGCCUGUUCAGUUUUCCUGCAGGAGCAGCUGAGCCCCGACAACUGCCUGAGCAUGAUAAGACUCUCUGAGAUCAUGAUCUGCAACAGUCUGAGAGACAAAGCCAAAGAGAUGGCCAUGAAGAGCUUCUCGGACGUGUCAGUGUCCGAGGAUCUGUGCGAGCUCUCCUUACCUGAGCUCAUGGGAUACCUGGAGGAUGACAGUCUUUGCGCCGAGGAGGAGCAGGUGUUUGAGACUCUUGUUGCCUGGAUCCACCACGAUCCUUUAUCAAGACGCGGCGCCAUCAGUGACCUUUUCAAGAAAGUUCGUCUUCGCCACAUCCACCCCACCUACCUCUUCCAGUUCAUAGCUAACGACCCUCUGAUCCAGUCGUCCACCCUCUGCACCGAGCUCAUCGAAUCCGUAAGACGACUCAUGUUUGCCGUCAGCCCCAAAUGCAUCGACACGGCGGUCGACCUCAAACCUCUAUGGGUGGCACCGAGGCGAUAUUCUUAUCAUGACAUGUUGGUGGUUGUAGGUGGCAGGAAGAACAACGAGCAGACCUCCAGGGAGGCCCUCGUCUUCGAUGAGAGAAGCGAGAAGUGGCAGUGGCUCGCCAAGUUGCCUGUUCGUCUGUAUAAAGCCUCAUACGUCGCUCUCCACAGUGUGUUGUAUGUCAUCGGUGGCCUGAUCACAAACACAAAGUACAGCCAAGUCAGCACAACCGUUUACACACUCUCACUAAAGACCAAUCAGUGGAGGACAGCAGAGCCCAUGUUGGAGCCUCGCUUUGCCCACCAGAGUGUCUCCUACCUCCACUUCAUCUUCGUGUUGGGCGGCCUCGGCACUGACAUGCAGCUGACGGGCAGCGUGGAGAGGUUCAACAGCAUGUUCAACCAAUGGGAGACGAUGGCGCCCAUGCCCGAGGCCGUGCUGCACCCUGCGGUGGCUGCAACUAACCAAAGGAUCUAUGUGUUUGGAGGAGAGGAUGCCAUGCAGAACCCUGUCAGGAUAAUACAAGUGUAUCACAUUGCCAGGAACAUGUGGUCAAAGAUGGAGAACAGAACAGUGAAGAAUGUGUCGGCUCCCGCUGCAGUUUUAGACGACAAAAUCUACAUCAUUGGAGGAUACACGAGGAGAAUGAUCGCAUACGACACCAAGGCUAACCGCUUCAUCAAGUGCGCCAACCUGAAGGAGAGAAGGAUGCACCACUCUGCCACCGUCCUCAACAACAAACUCUACGUCACCGGCGGACGUCACAUCAACGGCCAUGAUGUCAUCGAGGACUUGGACAGUUUUGAAUGCUACGACCCAAAGACAGACACUUGGACAUCUAAAGGGACUCUGCCUUAUAAACUGUUUGACCACGGCUCCCUGACUCUGACGCACGUGUCACCGACGAGGGCAAAAUCCUAACUGCAGUGCAUUCAUACUAGAGUCCUAGUAUUUUCAACCACCUUUUUUUUCAAA